AUGGGAACUGUCAUGCACUCCUGUGAGGGUGAGAUGGUCUGCGAGUCGAUCAACCCCAAAAUCCCGUAUUUCAACGCCCCGAUCUACCUCGAGAACAAGACCCAAAUCGGCAAAGUUGACGAGGUCCUCGGACCUAUCAACCAGGUCUACUUCACCAUCAAGACCUCCGAGGGUAUUCAAAGCGAAUCCUUCAAGACUGGCGACAAGGUCUUCAUUGGCGGUGACAAGCUCCUCCCUCUGGAGAACCCAAGCCUCCCCCCCGGAGCUGCUAAGCCCAAGCGUGCCGGCGGUGCUGGUCGCGGCGGCGCCCCACGUGGUCGUGGAGGCUUCGGUGGCCGUGGAGGUGCUCCCCGUGGCCGUGGAGGCUUCGGUGGUGGCCGUGGUGGUGGUUUCUCCCGUGGAGGUGGUGGUGGUUUCGGUGGUCGCGGCGGCGGUGGCCGUGGUGGCGGUUUCUCUCGCGGCGGCGGUGGUGGCCGUGGUGGUGGCCGUGGCCGUGGUUGGUGA